AUGUCGAUGUCGAUGACAAUGGGGUUUUCUGCCCCAAUGAAGCUCAAGGCCAACGCUGUUAUGAAUUACAACGAACAACACCACCACGCUCUUGAUGCGUCCAAAGUUUUCGGAGAAGGAUACCUUUACGCUCAAGGGACGAAACCGGCGGAGGUCCAGGCGGUGGAGGCCGCCGGAGAGUACUGCAGAGGCGCCACUGCUUAUGUCAAUAUGGAACCUGAAGACUGCAACAACGAUAACACCUCUCUAUCUGCUUUUAUUAAGGCUGGAAUUACCAGAGUUGUAAUUGGGAUCAGAAAUCCAUUGCAACAUCUUCGUGGAAAUGCUAUUCAAGCAUUGCGAAGUGAAGGACUACAGGUUGAUGUUCUUGGGGAAGAUAUAAGAGGUGUCUCCAUGGAGGAUGCUCUGAAAUCAUGUCUUGUUGUUAAUGCCCCUUUGCUAUAUAGAUCAGCGUUUCAAGUCCCAUUCUCUGUUUUAAAGUACGCAAUGACCCUUGAUGGAAAAAUUGCUACUAGUAGUGGACAUUCAUUAUGGAUAAGCAACGAAAAGUCAAGAUCACGAGUCUUUGAGUUACGUGGUAGAAGCGAUGUGGUUAUUGUAGGAGGAAACACAGUGCGCAAAGAUAAUCCGCGUUUAACUCCAAGAAAUGGUGGUGUUCAUUUACCUACACGAAUUGUUAUGUCGCAAACACUUGAUCUUCCCGAGGUUGCAAAUCUUUGGGAUGUUAGAGAUGUGCCCACAAUAGUUGUCACUCAGAGAGGUGCAAGAAGAAGUUUCCAGAAGUUUCUUGCCUCAAAAGGCGUUGAAGUAGUGGAAUUUGACAUUUUUAACCCGAAAAGAGUUGCGGAAUAUCUUUAUGAUCGUGGGUAUCUUUCAGUUUUGUGGGAAUGUGGAGGGACAUUAUCGGCAUCAGCUAUUUUAUCGGGUGUCAUACACAAGGUGCAUGCUUUUGUUGCUCCUAAGAUAAUUGGAGGAAGGAAUGCGCCUUCUCCAGUUGGGGAACUUGGGAUGGUUGAAAUGACACAGGCUUUGGAGUUAAGUGAUGUUUCUUAUGAGCAGAUAGAAUCUGAUGUGCUUAUUAGUGGAUAUGUGCAACCCAUUCCUGAUUUGACACAAUCAACAAUUGAUCCAACUUUAUCUCUUAAGAUAAUUGGUGGAAGGAAUAAGCCAUGAAACCUAAUCAUAUAUACUAUACAUCCUCCCUGACUACCUUUGAUUUUGUGCUAGCACAUCUUAAUAAAUAUGGUG